AUGAACAAUAUUGGGUUCACCUUAAAGCAAACGAAGGCUGUGGAGGAGAGGAGAAACGACCCAGAUGUUACUGAAACAAGGAGAAAAUUUGUGGAGUCUCUUCCAGAACUUGGGGUUGUAUAUGUAGCCCAUUGCAUUUUUAUUGACGAAGCUGGAUUUAAUACCAAGAGGGCACUCAACAUCAGCAUCUUGGCAGCAAUAUCAAACAAUGGUGUCGAGAGCAUGUCAGCCAAGCUUUGGUUCAUCCUGGACAAUGCUCCCAUCCACAGAUCUCAUUUGGUCAGGGACUUUAUGGCAACAACACGACACCACAUCAAGUUCUUGCCACCUUACUCGCCAUUCUUGAAUUCAGUAGAAGAGAGCUUCUCAAAGCUAAAGAUUUUGGCCAAGAGAAAGCCAGGUCCAGACUAUUGUCUUAAAAAUCCUCUAAUUAAAAUGGAUAACAACGAUCUCAAUACUCAGACAUCUGGAAACAGCAUUGACAAAGUUAAUGUCGAUUUUUCUGAUUUUGAGUACGAAGCCAACCUGGUUAGAAAUAACUAUAUUUCUAAUCACUUUACAACUCUCACCAAUGCUGACAACUUUUCCAGUGAUAGACAAUAUGAUUUAAGAGAUUUUAUACCAGAAGAAGACAUCUCUUGUCAUGCAAAAACUGGCUCUGGUUACUUCCAUGUCUGCAAUGUUGUUGAACAUAGAGAUUCAUCAAACCACUCUGAAAGUAAUGAAAGUGACUUGGGUGAAGCUCCUCGAGUUUCUUCUUAUGAGCUCAAUAGUCAUGCAGAGGCAGCUAGUAUGAAACUAUUCUCUAUGUUUGUUGAGAAUAAUAUGUCUUGUAAUGUUUUUGACAAGUGUGUCAAGAUUGUAAAUAAGUACAUGAUAGAGUGCAGUUUGCCUGCUAUCAAUGCACUCAUGUUGCACUACAAGAUGGAUACUCCUCUUAAUAGUGAGUAUACUGUCCGUUCUGUGAUAUAUAGCAUAUGCCAGAAAGACUAUAUCCACUUUGACACUGUAGAAGCUGGUCAGUACAAAGAUGAGGAAUAG